AUGCUCAAUAAAACUUGUAUAUUUGAAGAGCCAUUUGGCUACACGGUAGUUCAUUAUAUAUGUACACCUCUUUCAUUUCCAAUGUAUUCUUUAGCAUUUUUUAUUCUUUUAUUCAAAACUCCGUCAUACUUCAAUAAUUAUCGAAAUUUCCUGGUUUCACACAUUUUUUCGGGCCUCCUCCUCGAAGUUCAUAUGGGAAUGCUUUGGAAGGUUACUGUAGUCCUGCCGAUUCCAAUAAUGUGCUCCAACAGCUUUGCCGCUGAAUAUGCUCCAAUAAUAUUUUUAUUUCUACCAGUGUGCCUAAUUUACACUGGAACUUCAAUAAUCGCAUUAUUCGUUUACCGUAUGAAAGCAGUAACUAUAUAUGAAGCGGAAAAAUCUAUUUUGAAACAAUGUACAAUGUUAUUGAAAUAUGCCUUUUUUAUAAGUUUGAUUGUUGUACUAAUUUUCACAUUUCUAAUAUAUCCAGAUCUGAAAUACCAAAAAGAGUAUAAAUUGAAAAUGGAACAGAGAUUUGGUCAGUUUGAAACCUAUAUGUGGUGUGAUAAUUGUUUCUUCUUCAAUUUUGACUCAAAUUUGUUCCGAUGGUUUUUUGACAUCGCUGCAGUAUCUGUUGUCUUGGGAGCUUCAUGUGCAGCAUGUGCAUUACUUCUAACUAUAAAAUGCAUAAAUUCAGUAAAAACUCAAUUGUCAGCGAAAACAAAACAGAUGCACCGAAAUUUUCUAGUCAGUCUCGUUAUAUCGGCCGCAAUCCAUGGAGGGUGUAUUUUGACACCACUUCUUGGUUUUCUUUGGGCUAUCUCAUUUGUUAUCAGCUUAUCACAAUUUCCUUACUUCCCAUAUAUGAUGGUUCUUAUCAUACAAGAACAUGGCGCAAUUUCCACUAUUACCAUGUUUUUGACGAAUAACUUGUUACGAAAAACGUUGAAGAAACUGUUAAUGUUUCCAGGGCUUGGAAAGAGUAGCAACUUACCGAGCCAGAAUUUACAAAGCACAACGACUUCUUGA